UCCCUCGUUCUAGGCAAAUAUAAUCCCAACAGUUUCCCACCGCUUCUCUGAUGUGUCAUUAGUUUUGCGUUCCUCACUUUUGCAUACAGCUUAAGAGGUGUUUUAACUUUCAGCAUGACUCUGGCAUUAGCACUUUUGCUUUGUAUGUUUUUGGGGACACACGGUUUCAACACGCAGCAUGUUAUUGAACCUCAGCCCAACUUUGAUCCGGAGAAAUUUUCAGGUGAAUGGUACCGGCUUGGACUUGCAGAUGAGUCACCGUUUUUUGCAAUGGUCAAAAACCAGCUGAAGGUUUCUAAAGGCCUUCUUGAACAAGAUGCCAAGGGAAAUAUGAAUCUGACCAUGUGGACCAUGAGACCAUAUGGAUGCUCCGUCAAUGUUUAUUCAUAUGAGAUGACAGAUGUUCCUGGAGAAUUCACUUACUUCAGCAAAAGGCACAAGAUAACAAAAGACAUCACAAUAGUGGAGACCAAUUACACUGAUUAUAGUUUGGUCCUUAAAUACAAGAGCAUGGACAAAGAAUACACUCAAGUAGCUCUUUACGGACGGUCAUCCAUACUAAGGCCCGAUCUAAUACAGAUAUUCAGAUCUUUUGCUUUAACUCUGGGCUUUUCUGAGGAGGCCAUUGUCACUGCAACAGAAGUUGAUCCCUGCCCUAUCCUAGAACCAAGGAAUACAGCAGAAUUCAGAGAGGAGAAAUCUGCACAAUCUCCUAAUCAAUCAGUCUUUGGCACUGAGAAUCUUUCCAAAAUGUGAUUGGACAGGAUGUUUUUAAUCGGUAACUCACUUUAUAACUAACUGUAUACUUUCACCAUCUUUCAGCCAGCUGUGGAUUCACACCUUGGGUUACAUAAAUUCUGUUUUGUUAAACAUUUGGGGAAGAGUGUUUGAUUUAGCGCAAACAAUCAUUGGAGAAAUGCAACACUAUAACGCAUCGUCUGUGUAACGCUGUUUGUGCUACGCUCGUAAAGCCAGCAAGUGGAGCUGUUGUAGAAGAACACAAUCAGCCAGCAUCACUGUUGACUUCUGCUUGUCUAGUGGUCCACACAUUAACACAGACAGAGUGCUACUAAUAAUGAACCACGUGUAUUCCUGUGGUUGCUUGCCUAAUGUCUACAGAACAAUUGUGUCAAAUCUUUGUGAUCAUGAUCAUUUGUGAUUACAACCACUGUAUUUUCAAAAUGAGUAAUAAAAUAUUUUGUGCAAUUAAA